AUGUUUUUCGAAAUUUUUGUCAUUUUGGUCCUGAAAACUGGAGUAUCUCUGGGAAAAUACAAUGUCGGUGUUUUAUAUGAUUUAUCCGAAUGGUCUUUGCAAGAUCUCCCCAAUAUCAAUGUUUCUGUGCCUACAAACAAUGUAACACCAUACCAAUAUUACCUCGACGGAAGUGACGUUUUCAACAUCACACGUAAAGUGUGUGAUUUAUCAGGGACUGAGAUUUUGGGAUUCAUUACGUUCACUUCCUGUAACAAGGGUCUUAUUCUCAGCAAUCAUGCCAGCUCAUUAAAUCUACCUCAUGUCCUAGUCACCAAGGAAGAAAAACCAUGCAUCCUAUCAUCCUCGCAGCCAACGCUAUCCAUUCUCACAGACUGUCGUCUGCUAAACGGAGCGUUUCUUUCUAUUGCGUCACAUAAAAACUGGAAAGCAGUCAACAUUAUUUAUGACGAUUCUUACGACGAAUAUUGUAUCCAGUAUUUGGUGGAUCAAUUUAGUUCUGCUGCUAUUUUCUCAACAACUUUUCUACUCUCCAAUGACAGCGACAUAGAGGCUUCACUUUCCUCCACUGAAAGAGGGAAAGAGACGGUGAUUUUUACUGCACUGAAUGUGAAUAAAACGAUUGAUACCAUACUAAAGGCCAGUUCCUUUGAGAUGUUUAGUAGACAAUAUUUCUGGGUGUUUAGCAUUGACCCAAAUCUAUUAUGGGAUAUUCAUGAACCAGAUGCACUGCAAAAUGGAAAUGUUCUUACUGUAUCAAGAAACAUUGCUCAUAAAAUGGAUAGCAGCCUUUCCGAUAUCAUUUUGUCUGAUGUUAUAAUGGCCUACAGACAUAGUUUACAGUUAAUGUUGAGUUAUAACUCGUCCUAUUCCAUAGGGACAUACGACUGUGAUUCCAACAGACCUACCCCAGGCGGUAGCCAGCUGCAUCAAAGCUUGUUGCAGACUUCAUUACAAGAAAUUUUGGGAACAUCAUCAUGGACUUCCGCUGGAAGUUGGGAUAACACUAUCUACAUUCAUAGUUGUCAAGCUGGACAGAAUGUGACAUUCUCUGAAGUAGCCACCUAUAACUAUUUAGAUGGAUUCCGUGUACAAGACGACAGACUUUUCAAAAACUUGUUUAAGGAUUUCGGGAACAGAACUCUCACCGUUGUGUCAUGGACAAGCACUCCUUUCACAAUCAGAGGAUUAAAAGGAAACAACAGCAUCUAUUACUAUGGAUUCUGUUAUGACAUUUUUAAUGAAUUUGCCAAAGUGUUUAACUUCAGAUACGUAACCAUCGACUCCGUGGAUGGUACAUACGGAGGCCCAACAGCCAAUGGUACAAAUGGGACAGGGAUGGUUGGCAUGGUUAUGAGGGGGGAGGCCGAUAUAGGGGUUGGACCGUUUACUGUGACCGCCUCUAGAGAAACAGUGAUCGACUUUCUGACACCCUUCCAAGAGGAGGGUGUGGGGAUUAUCAUGAAGACAGUUGAUCAAAAAGCUGACCAGAUGUUCCGAAUGUUUCUACCAUUUCAGUCUACCUCUUGGAUUGCUACUGGAAUGUCUAUUGUGGUUACAGGGUUUAUAUUGUCUAUAGUGUCCAGACUGAGUCCUUAUACACGAGAUGCAGAUAAACCUAUUCAUCAGAAUGUUUGGCUUGCCUUUGGGGCCUUCUUUGGUCAAAUGGGUGGAGACUCUACCCCUACGUCAGCAUCCGGUAAAGUGGUACUCGGUAUCUGGUGGAUGUGUACAAUUCUAAUUUUGGAACUGUAUACUGCAAACUUGGCAGCGUAUUUAACAAUACCACCAGCUAAAUCUCCAAUUAAGAAUCUUGAACAAUUGGCUGCAUCAUCUGAUUACAAGCCAUUGGUCAAAACGGGUUCGAAUCUCGAUUUUCUUUUCAAGAGAGCAAAAGGGGGAUUAUACAAGCAAAUAAGGGAAAAAAUGGAGGACAUGCCUGUUAUUAAAACUACAGAGGCAGGAUACGACUUGGUAAAAACAGGAAAAUACGCCUACAUGACAGAUGUAUCCCAACUUACGUAUAAAGUUCUAAAAGAUUGUCAAAGUAUGCUGGUUGCUGAAGAGACUUUCAAUAAAGCAGGGCUAUCCUUCAUCAUUAGAGAAGAUGCCGAAUUCAAAACGGCAUUCAAUUUGCACAUGAUCACGAUGAUAGAGGCAGGUUUAAUUGCCAAAUUCCGCUCCAAAUGGUGGCCUCUUGGGAGCGAGUGUGACGCACUAAGUUCAAAGAAAUCUGCCACUGAACUUCAGAUAGACAGCAUGGCCGGAAUUUUCAUUGUUUAUGGAGCAUUUACUGGACUUGCAAUCCUUGCUUUCGUCGCAGAAAUUUUAUUUGCAUAUUACAUUUAUCCAUUUUUGAGACAUAAGAGAAUUCAAUCUGCUGAAAAAAUUGCCUUGAAUGAUUCUUCAUAA